GCUACGCGGGUCGGCAUGAUCGCCCACGGACAGACACGGUGCAGUGCGCCUGGAACGAGCCGACCGAGGUCGCGGAGGCCGUGAUCAGUGGUUGGCUUCUGCCAAAGUUCAGCCCCUUUACACCAACGACGAUUCGCCUGCCGGAGCUGACGCUGGGA